GUCUUGCUGUCUUUCCAAAACAGGCUGUCCUGGAGUAUGUUACAGGUGCAGCAACAAUCAUAAAACAGGGGAAAGACUCAGGACGAAAUCCUGUCUGGAAUUAAGGUUCAUUAUCUGUGGCUUCAUUUGCCCAGUAAGAGAUGUCAACACAACCCCUGGUGGAAUGGGAAACCGGUCUCUUGGACUGCUUCGAGGAAGCCAGUACCUGCUGCUAUGGUUUCUGGUGCUCCCCCUGCCUUGCCUGCACCGUGUCUGGAAGAUUUGGAGAGAACACUUGUCUCCCUCUAUGUGACUUUUGCGGCCCUGCUGUGACAGCCUACUGUGGGAUUCCUCUGGGUGUACCUCCUGCAGUUCUGUCCAUGAGGGCUGCCAUGAGAAACAGAUAUGGUAUCAAGGGUUCUCUCUGUAAGGACAUCGCAGUUUCCUGUUUCUGUGGGUGGUGCUCCUGGUGUCAGAUGCAUCGAGAGUUGAAACAUCGGAAGAAAACCCCCACUGUCAUCAAUGUGCAUAAUCAAACCGUUUUUGCUAUGCAGCCUGCCCCUGUCAUGAUGAUGCCCCAAGGGUUUGUGACGCAGCAAAAUGUUGUGGCCCCGCAAGGUGUUGUGGCCCCGCAAGGUGUUGUGACCCCGCAAGGUGUUGUGAACCAACCUGGGAUGAUUAUGACUUCCUAAUGAGCUUUUAGGCUUCUCAUUAGUCUGUUGUGUUGUGUGUUAGUUUUUGCUGUUACACUGAAGACCAAAUCCAUGUAUGAUUUAUCUAUUUAUUUAACCUUUAUUCAACCAGGCUAGUCCCAUUGAGAUUAAAGAUCUCUCCUUCAAGGGGGACCUGGCCAAGAAUGGCAGCAAUGCCUAUAUAAUUUAAAGUAAA